AUGGCCACCGGACUGAUGAAAGCGACAGAAGACACCUGUGUUUGGCAUAGGCUUGCUGGUCGGUCUCCUAGGGGGAUGCUUGGGUAUCAUUGGUGCCUCGUGCACCAGGACAUUCUCAUAGGUGGUGUUAAGGGUGGUGAAGACCUUGAACCUAGGCUUGGGUGUGAAGAGGAGUGGGGCCAGAUCACUUGUCCUAGGAGGGUUGCUUCUGCUGGACUAUUGGUGGUUGCCAUGUCUGCCACGCUUGCUACUAUUGAAGGUAUGCUGGUAGCUAUCCUUCCUCUUUGGGUGGGGUAUCCUGGGUAUUUGGGGCAGGAGAAGAAUUCUGAGGCGGGGCUGAGGUGGGUACCGUAG